CUUGAGUUUGAAAUAGAGUUGAAAAGAUUAGCUGAAAAAAAAUUCUAUGAGAAUUUGAAAAAAUUAGCUCCGAGUAGCUAGCCACAUUUGGUACGCCUCGUCGUAUCUUCUAUCGCCCAUGCGUAUAAGAGUUGUGAUCCGGUUUCUGACUUGUUUAUCUAUCCACCUUAUGAUGAGUGUUUCCGAGUGUUGAUCCUCGCCGUGCCUGCGACCAUUUCGUUCCCGCCAAAUCAUAUAAACACUAGCUUGAAAGGCGUAUCGAAUUAGAAAUAGUAGGAAUUAGAGGAAGACCAAUCAAAUUUUAAAUAUUUAUCUGAUUUUUAUUUCAAGUUGUAUUUAAUUAUUUAUAUGUCUUGAUUGCCUUGCCAAAGAAUAACAAACGCUGGAUUUUAUUAAUUAAAAAACAGAGGUAAAAUUACAAAAGAAAAUUCAAAGAGUUAGAAGAAAAAAGAAAUUCCGCUAUUCUUCCGAAAAAAUCGUUAAUUCGUUAUAACAGAGUUUCAUUCUCAUUGACUAGAUCUUUAUUUUUUCUUUACACCGAUACAAGUCAAACUUUUAAAGAACAAAUCUUUAGAUCAACAUAGACCAAAGAGUCAAAGAAAUAAUGUCUGUCUCCCUAAAGUCUCCAACUUUUAUAACAAAUUUUCCGUUGAAUGACAGUAAAUAACCAACGGUCUAGUUCUUAUCAUGUCUAAAAACCACAAGCUUCCUUCCUCAUCUUACGCUCCCUCUUAACCUCUCCUUUUAUUCUCCUUCUCAAUCUCUUCUCAACUGAUCGUAUAAUCAUUCUCACGAAGACGAGUGACCAAAAGAAGGUUAAGCUUUUUAACUUUCUUUAAUCUCCCGCUUCUUGCGAAGAUUAGACGAAUCCAUUUAGAUUUUAGAAACCACACAAAAAUGGGUCGGCUCAAGUUCGCAUGUCCCGUUCUUGAGAUCAAUCUAAUCUCAGCUCAAGAUUUAGCCCCUGUUUCAAGAAACAUGAAAACGUAUUCCGUCGCUUGGAUCAACACCGAUCCUAUGAGAAAACUCACUACGCGUGUUGAUCAAUCCAAUAGAGCUAACCCUAUAUGGAACGAGAAGUUUGUGUUUCGUGUUAACGACAAGAUUCUUGACGUUGACGCAUCAGCGAUUGUGAUUGAGAUUUACGCAGCGGCUUGGGCUAAAGAUGCUCUUGUUGGUACUGUGAAUGUUCUUCUUAGCGAUCUUUUUGCUCCUUGGUCUGGUUUUGGUGAUGGUGACGAUGGUGGUGGUGGGAAUAAUAAUAUGAGGCUUGUGACGCUUCAGAUUCGUCGUCCUUCAGGGAGGCUUCAAGGGUUUUUACGGCUAGGUGUUGCUCUUCUCGACGGUGGUCAACGGAGUAUGCCGUUAUCUAUCGAGGUUUUCGAUGGAAGUCGAAGAGGAGAGACGAAUAGUAAUAAAAGAGAUCAAGAAGCUUCAAGGAUGAUGCAUCGCCGUACGAAUAGCGAUCAAACGGAUUUAACCACGUCUACGAAUGAUUAUGGUGUGAAAACAGGGGUUGUUACUGGCAAUGGAGGAGGAGGAGGUGGUGGUGGUGGUAUUGUUGUUGGUGCGGAUAGUAUGGUUAAUGGUUCACUUUGUAGCUCUGAUAUUGGACCAUCAGCGUCUGUGGUUGCGGCUGCGAUUGCUCAGGGGCUUUACAAUAGGCAGAAAACAGCGGUUAAAGCCGCGAGUAGUAACAAAGAGGACGCAAGUUCGAUACUUGAAGGGAAAACAGAGGGAAUUGAGCAUAGAGUUGAACGGUGGAGAGCAGAGAAAAAUGGCACGGCUGGAGCGGGUGAAGCGGCUGGAUCGAGCGAUGAUUCUAGCGGGAAAGGAGGGGCUGGAAGGAGAAGAAGGAGAAGAAGAAGAAGAAAGGAGAAACAACAAGGGCGGAGAAACGGUGGAGGAGAGGGUAAGAAAGGGUUGUUUUCAUGUUUUGGAAACGUGUUUGGAUGUGAGAUUUCGAUAACAUGUGGCGGUGGAAGCGGCGGAGAAGGAGACAGCACAAAGAAGAGAUAUAAUAACAAUAAAGUAGUAAAUCUUAGUGCUGUAGACGAAACGUUUAGUCAUUCUGCUACUUGAGGAAAAAAAGUUGUUGUUUUUUUUUUUUUGUUUCUUUUGGUGGUAAAACGUUUGAUUAUGGGAUUAAACUGUGCAGAUUUGAAAGUAUUGAGGUUAAAAACGUAUGAAUAAACUUUCCCGUUACAUUUCUGGUAAAUGGACUAAUUUGA